AGCUCUAUAUGGUAAGCAGGAAAAGCUAAGUACUUGUGCAUGUGCAAUGCAAUGUGCAUUGUGCAUGUAUCUUUCUUCUCACUCCUCCCUCUUUUCUUUUCUCAUUUUUUCUUUCCCUUUCACUUUUGAAAUUACAAUUCCAUCAAUUCCUUUUCUUUUCAUAUCUUAUUUUAACCAAAGCUCUCCUCCAAUACUAAUUAAAUCAACUUACUAAUAAUAAUUUAAUGAUAAUAUUGAACUAGGUCAUUGUCUCUAACAAGGGUGGCAAAAUGCUUGUUAGAGAUGGUUAUCGCUUCCAUUUGGAAAAGCAGAAGGAUGAUAAGGCUUACUGGUGCUGCGCCGAAAGAAAAUCUCUUCGGUGCAAAGCCAGAAUGAUAACAGCGGAGAGGGAAGCGGAGCACUUGAUAACAUCAUCUGUGAAUGAUCACAGCCAUGCUCCUCUGGCCUUCGAGAAGGAGGUGGCUAAGGCCAACUUCCUCUUAAAAACUAAGGCAAAAGAGGCCCAACCCCCCAGCACAAUAAUCAGGGACACCAUUGCAAGCGUCCCAGAACCAUGCCGUGUUCACUUGCCAUCGAAAGCUGCCCAAAAGCAGAAAAUCCACCGAGUUCGAGCCAACACCCUGAAGGAACCGAAAAGAUUGGAGGAAAUUAAUAUUCCCCAGCAUCUUCGGUUCGUCGAUGGAGAGCUUUUUGUGCUUUCCGAAGCGGAAUAUGACACGGGUAGGAUUAUUUUACUCGGAACCAAAACGACAAUUAAAACAUUGUCGGAAGCCCAAUGUUGGUUGGUUGACGGCACAUUUGCGGUGGUGCCAUCCAUUAUGGGACAGCUGUUUUCUGUACAUGGGUACAUAGAGAAUUCAGUUGUCCCAUUAAUAUAUUGUUUGAUGAGCAGCAGGACAAAACAAGCUUAUAACAAGUUUUGGCAGGAGCUGUUGAGAUGUGCCGGGGAGUUCAACAUUACACUGCAGCCAAACAUUAUAGUCUCGGAUUUUGAGCCGGCGAUCCUUCUUUCUAAUGGGGAAAACUUUCCCAAUAGUAGAACCCAAGGUUGUCUGUUCCAUUUUGGGCAGAUAAUAUGGAGGAGGGUCCAAGAUCUUGGACUGGCUGCCAAGUACGGAAGAGAAGAAGCUUUUGCCUCGGAGGUGAGGAUGAUAAAAGCUUUGAGUUUUGUCCCACCGUCAGAAGUGGAACAAUACUAUACUGCUCUGUACGGCUCUAUUACUCACCAGGAAGCAAGGAAUUUGGCCCAGUGGUUCAAAUUGAACUACAUUGGAUCAGAACGCACUAAGCCAAGAUAUAAACCUGAGUUCUGGACAACAGGUGCUUCUGCAAGUAACCUUCAUUUUCCCAGAACCCAAAACAGCGUCGAAGCAUGGCAUCGACGUUUGAAGGUUGUGGUUGGCCAGAGACAUGCUGGCGUGUACAAGCUUGUGUCAGACCUGGCCAAGGAAACAAUAGUAUCCAAAAUGACAGUUGACAAGCUUCGAACUGGAAAAGAACCCCCUAAAAGCCGUACUGUUAAAAAGUACGAGCAAUUGCAGAGGGUCUAUGAAAGGCGGACUGGUAUGGACAAGGUCCUUUUCCUGAGAAGCAUUGGCAACAACCUAAAUCUCGCAUAAAAUGUGUGCUUACAUUUAAUGCGCCCUGGAUCGACAUCCGUCCUUUUGAGGACGACCGAAAAUUCAAAAAGAUAUAUAAAAAUACUUCAUUGAUCAAAAUAUAACGAGUUCUUGUUGGACUUUGUUAAAAUGGUCACGAUUUGAUACAUGUAGCGUAUUACGCCAGACAGGCGAUAAUUUCAAAAAUUUCUUUAGGUAAAAUGUGUCUUGCAUGGCCCGCUUCGCGGGUUCUCAGGAUUUUAACUUUACUUUUUGGGUCCUCUGUACCGCUCACGCAACUUCGUUGCUCCGCUUAGGGUAUGUAAAGUCGUCUGGCAGGCGCCAAUGUCAACAGUUUUUUUUAAAUAACAGUACCUUCCCUGCUUUGUCCAGCUUUAAAGAGCGCGCUGAUAAGAAAAAAGUUUCGUAUUUUGGGUAAAAUACGGUCAUUAAAAUUCAUGAGAAUCAACAAGAACGAACUUUUAUUUCUUACUUAAAAAUUCGAAAUUUCAACAGUUUUUUAUGUAAAAAGUACCUUGCCUGGCCCGCUUCGCGGGUUCUAAGGAUUUAAACUUUACUUUUUGGGUCCUCAGUCCCGCUCACGCAACUUCGUUGCUCCGCUUAGGGUAUGUAAAGUCGUCUGGCAGGCGCCAAUGUCCACAGUUUUCUUAUGUAAAAAGUUUUUUAUGUAAAAAGCACGUUGCCUGGCCCGCUUCGCGGGUUCUCAGGAUUUAAACUUUACUUUUUGGGUCCUCAGUCCCGCUCACGCAACUUCGUUGCUCCGCUUAGGGUAUGUAAAGUCGUCUGGCAGGCGCCAAUGUCCACAGUUUUCUUAUGUAAAAAGUUUUUUAUGUAAAAAGCACGUUGCCUGGCCCGCUUCGCGGGUUCUCAGGAUUUAAACUUUACUUUUUGGGUCCUCAGUCCCGCUCACGCAACUUCGUUGCUCCGCUUAGGGUAUGUAAAGUCGUCUGGCAGGCGCCAAUGUCAACAGUUUUUUUUAAAUAACAGUACCUUCCCUGCUUUGUCCAGCUUUAAAGAGCGCGCUGAUAAGAAAAAAGUUUCGUAUUUUGGGUAAAAUACGGUCAUUAAAAUUCAUGAGAAUCAACAAGAACGAACUUUUAUUUCUUACUUAAAAAUUCGAAAUUUCAACAGUUUUUUAUGUAAAAAGUACCUUGCCUGGCCCGCUUCGCGGGUUCUAAGGAUUUAAACUUUACUUUUUGGGUCCUCAGUCCCGCUCACGCAACUUCGUUGCUCCGCUUAGGGUAUGUAAAGUCGUCUGGCAGGCGCCAAUGUCCACAGUUUUCUUAUGUAAAAAGUUUUUUAUGUAAAAAGCACGUUGCCUGGCCCGCUUCGCGGGUUCUCAGGAUUUAAACUUUACUUUUUGGGUCCUCAGUCCCGCUCACGCAACUUCGUUGCUCCGCUUAGGGUAUGUAAAGUCGUCUGGCAGGCGCCAAUGUCAACAGUUUUUUUUAAAUAACAGUACCUUCCCUGCUUUGUCCAGCUUUAAAGAGCGCGCUGAUAAGAAAAAAGUUUCGUAUUUUGGGUAAAAUACGGUCAUUAAAAUUCAUGAGAAUCAACAAGAACGAACUUUUAUUUCUUACUUAAAAAUUCGAAAUUUCAACAGUUUUUUAUGUAAAAAGUACCUUGCCUGGCCCGCUUCGCGGGUUCUAAGGAUUUAAACUUUACUUUUUGGGUCCUCAGUCCCACUCACGCAACUUCGUUGCUCCGCUUAUUGUAUGUAAAGUCGUCUGGCAGGUGCCAAUGUCAACAGUUUUUUUUAAAUAACAGUACCUUUCUGCAAAAAAAUGAAAAUCCAUUCACCGGUAAAAAUGCAAGUGAAUCGGUUUUUUAUCUCUUCAAUAAUAAUUUUGCGUCCUUAAAAGAACAAAAUACGAUUUUUACGGACAAAUCCGAUACAAGAGAGUCGAAUUUUAAAAAUUCAAAAGCUUAAGUACUUUAAUUGAACGACGAAUUGUCUCUGAUUUGAAAAUCAUUUGCUCGUUCAAAAAAAGUACCUAAGCAAGAGUUUGAUAUGAGAAUUUUGCCCUACAGCUUCAUGUAGGGCAGGCAAAAAGUUCUUUUAAGAACAUUGGUGAGGUAUUAAACUUUUAAUUUAAUGGUUCUUCUCAGAACUAAAAAAAAUUUCUAAGAGAUAAAAUGCACUUUUUAUUUUUUUAGCCAUUUUUUUUUAAAUUUAUGCCA